ACCCGUCGGAACAACUUCACUCGCAACCAUGUUCCGCCUAGUUCUGCUGCUGUUGCUGGCUGCAGGUUCCUGUGUUAAGUGUCAACAACUGACCCAGCCGCCGUCUGUGCUUCUGCAGGCUGGUCAGAGUCUGAGCAUCGACUGUCAGGUGUCUUAUGAUGUGGGCAGCUACUACACAGCGUGGGUCAGGCUGCCUGCUGGGAAAGGAUUGGAGUGGAUCGGGAGCGCAGCUCGUGGCAGCUCUUACUACAAGGACUCACUGAGGAACAAGUUCAGUAUUGAUGUAAAGCGCUCCAGCAACACAGUGACUCUAAAAGGGCAAAAUAUGCAGCCUGAAGACACGGCAGUGUAUUACUGUGCCAGAGACGCACAACAACACAAAGCAUCAGCACACUGCAACAAAAACAAAAAGUGCCUCAACACUUAUACGUUCCAACCCGUCGGAACAACUUCACUCGCAACCAUGUUCCGCCUAGUUCUGCUGCUGUUGCUGGCUGCAGGUUCCUGUGUUAAGUGUGAACAACUGACCCAGCCGCCGUCUGUGCUUCUGCAGGCUGGUCAGAGUCUGAGCAUCGACUGUCAGGUGUCUUAUGAUGUGGGCAGCUACUACACAGCGUGGGUCAGGCUGCCUGCUGGGAAAGGAUUGGAGUGGAUCGGGAGCGCAGUUCCUGGCAGCUCUGACUACAAGGACUCACUGAGGAACAAGUUCAGUAUUGAUGUAAAGAGCUUCAGCAACACAAAACUGAUAGUAUUCCAUCACUGUGGCUACUACUACAGCUACUUUGACUACUGGGGAACUGGGACCCAAGUGACAGUCACAUCUGGCUCGUCAGUCGCCCCCACCGUCUUUCCCCUGAUGCAAUGUGGCUCCGGAGCAGCAGACACGGUCACUAUCGGCUGUCUGGCCACCGGCUUCAAACCCCUUCCGCUGAGCUUCACGUGGAGCAAAGACGGGGCCGCCUUGUCUGACGUUAUUCAGUAUCCUCCGGUGGAGAAGAACAAUCUUUAUACGGGAGUCAGCCAGAUCCGAGUGACAAGAGCCGACUGGGACAGCAAAGCCAAAUUCCGAUGUGUUGCCAAACAUUUCAGCCAAGACAUUGACGCCGUUAUCACCAAAACAGAAGAGUCCUUUUACAGGUUGCCAACUCUUAAAGUGAUGGCCUCCCCUGGCGGUCAGGACGAGGCCUCGUUCGCCUGCUUUGCCAAAGAUUUUUCCCCAAAUGUUUAUGACUUCAAAUGGUUGUAUAACGAAGAGGACGUCUUGAGCGGAAUCGACCAGGUUAAAACUCCGUCCGAGGCCAGGAAGGUGGCAAACGGAAGCACGCUUUACAGCGCGGCAAGCUUUCUCACGCUCAAGUCCCACAAGUGGUCACCUGGCGUCACUUUAACGUGCGAGUUUAAGGGGCGAGACGCACAUGGAGAUGUUUACAUGAACUCAUCUGUCAGCCACAAGUGCCCAGCCGAUUUGUCAAGCGAAGGAUGCCCUGAGGCAGAUAUGGAGAUCAACAUCAUCGGCCCCACGAUGGAGGAGAUGUUUCUCAACAAAAAAGGAACCGUCAUAUGUCAAGUCAAAGUCAACAGACCAUCCGUGCAGAGCGUUUUUUGGGAAGACCAGGACGGGAACGAGAUGGCCGGGACCUUAAUAGCCCCAGCACCGGGUAAUGGCGGCACAAUUAACGCACCGCUUGACAUCACAUACAACGAAUGGAGCAAGGGGAUAAAGCGCUACUGCGUGGUGCAGCAUUCAAAGACCGUAUCCCCAGUAAAGAAACCCUAUGAAAGAAAUAUCGAUAAAGCACUUCAACGUCCUUCGGUUUUUAUGAUGUCCCCAUUGGAACAUAGUACAAAAGACACGGUUACCCUGACUUGCUUUGUGAAAGACUUCUACCCUCAUGAUGUUCUGGUGUCUUGGCUUGUGGACGAUGACCCCGUAAACGCCACGUACACCGCGAGCACCACCAAAGCGCUAGAAAACCACGGCUUGUAUUCCGUCUACGGGCAGUUGACCCUCAGCCUUGAGCAGUGGCAAAAGAACGGUGUGGUGUACAGCUGUGUGGUUUUCCACCAAUCGGUGGUCAACACAGACCAUGGCUGUCAACACAGGUCCGUUACGUACAGAGGAACUGACAACACCCACAUGGCCAACAUGAACGUUCCUAAAAUGUGCAAGACUCAGUACUUCCUGGUGGAGACGAGCCACCAGUGGAGCGAUGCCGUGGAAGCAGAGCAAGAUAACAUGGGAAACACGGCGCUCACCUUCAUCCUCCUCUUUCUCAUCACGCUGCUCUUCAGCAUUGGAACGACUAUUUUUAAGCAGCUUUUCCUCCACCUGGCUUGUGUCAUGCACCGUUGCGUCUCUUUGUGUUUCACUUCUGUGUUUGACACUUUAAAAAAAAAAUGGCCGUCAACCUCAAAAGUAAAGACACCGGCAUGGCAAUCGGAAGCAGAGAGGAUUGUGUCUCCAAAUAUGACAUUGUAUCCACUGUGGGAGGGCAACUUUGGAGCCUCCACUGUCAAACUCCGAUGCAUCAUAAGUGGCUUCUUCCCGGACACGCUGACCGUGGAGUGGCAACAGGAAAACCGAAUCAUCGACGGCGGUCAGACCGUAACGAGAUUCCAAAGUGUGACGGCAGACGGCGAAACCUUCGGUCGAAUCAGUGAGAUGGAGCCGAACGUAAAAGAGUGGACGAGCGGCACAAGUUUCACCUGCAAGGCCACUCACUUUGAAAAGUCAAAGUCGAUAAGUAUUUGUGAAACACAGGCAAGCACCCCCCCAUCCAUUCAUGUGGAGCUCCCCAGCUUCAAAGCGGUCAUGAUGGAGGCGUCUGAGGUCAAAGCCGCCUGUUUGGUGCGCACGGCGUUUGAUGCCGUCGUUACGUGGCUGGUGGAGGGCGAAGCGGCCACCCACCAAGUCAGCCAGUACGCUAAUGCGUCUCACGUCAUCAGCAAUCUGAAAGUCUCGCCAGACGCCUGGAAACGAAUCAAGAUUCUCAAAUGUAAAGCAUCGCAUCGCUGCUUCCCGGACCUUGAAGAGAUUGUACAUGUAUCAGGCUCUGCAGUCAACGCUCCAGUGGUGGAGAUGAGACGAUCUCUUGCAGAUUUACGGGAGAAAAACAGCGCGACGUUUGUGUGUGAUGUCACGCGACUGGACGCCAUCGACCUCUACGUCACCUUUCAGGCCGACGGCGUUGAUAUUUCUCACAAAGAGUUUUUUGAUCUCCCCGAAACCCCGGGCCCACAUUCCGUCAGUCCACGUUUCAGUUUACGUAAGUCCUACCGGAAGAUCGACACCAGUUUAACCUGUAAAGUCAACCAAGGAUUCUCCAGCAGUUACCGGUCCGAACCCAUCAACAGCAUUUUUGCGGAGCCAUCGGUGGAGGUCUUUUUGGCUCCCGCUGAAGAAUCAACACCUCAGAGGCUCCUGUGCUCUGGAUGGGGUUUUAACCCUCAACUGACAUGGUCCAGCGAGUCUCGGUCGAGAACGCCGUCGAUUACCAGCAUCAGCAUGGAUGCCGAUGGACGCGUGGCCGUGACCAGUCAACUACACGUCCCCCCUACGGAGUGGCAAAGUGGGAUGGUCUUCGCUUGUCAAUUGUCUGACAGUUGGUUCAAUAAAGAUGUCAGCAAGACCAUCAGCAUCUGCUCAGUAACCCCAUCAUCAUCCCAACAAGUUGGAGUGUUUGUUCACGGCCCCCCGCUAUCAGAGACCCAGCAGAGGGACAAGGUGACCAUCACUUGUCUUUUGGUUGGCCCUCGUCUUCGUGAUUUUGUCAUCUCCUGGAAAGUAGAUGGGAAGAAAUACUCGGAGAAUUCCCACACGGAGCACCCGACCCGUCACGGCAAUGGUACCGAGACCUUACGGAGCUUCCUUAAUGUGUCGGCAAAGGACUGGGAUGCAUAUAGACAAGUGUCUUGUGAGGGAAAACACAAGUGUUCCAACCGGGGCUAUGAGGACCACAUAAGCAAAAGCAGAGACCGGUACCCACCAACAGUGCACAUAGUCCCGCCUACCAUCUCAGAGCUGUCAACGUCUGAUGAGCUCACUCUGACUUGCCUGGUUUCUGGAUAUUUCCCCGAUAACAUUAUCGUGUACUGGGAGAAAGACGGUCAAAGACUACCGUCGCUUGCCUACGCCAAUAGCCCUUCGUGGAAAUACAGCAGCAGCACGUAUUCAAUAAUCAGCAGAAUAAACGUGUCCAAAACGGAGGCCCCGCCGGGAUCACGUUUUUCUUGCACCGUCAGACAUGAAUCAUCUCCAAGUCCGUUCACAAGCACGAUACAAGAUGUGUUCGCCGCCGUGACUCCAACCCAGCCGUCGGCCAUCUUGCUGCAGGGUUCCGGUGAACUUGUGUGUCUUGUUUUCGGCUUCAGCCCGGCGUCCGUGAACGUGUCCUGGUUUCUGGAUGACACCGACGAGCUCACGGACUUUAACACCACUCAGCCCAGCAGAGGCCCGGAUGGGAAGUUCAGCGUCCAAAGCCGCCUUCGUCUGUCCCAAGUCGGCUUGUUACCCGGGGCGGUCCACACCUGCAGGGUGACACAUGCAACAGUCACGCUCACCUUGAAUUUAACCAACCCAGUGAUUUUGCCGGAUUGUAACUUCCUGGAUGAAAUCGCUCAUGCGGUGAUUAAUCAAGACAUCAACGUGGAAAGCUGGUAUAUGUCCGUCACAUUCCUUAUUCUUUUUCUCCUUUCCACCAUCUAUGGCGUCGUGGCCACCCUGCUUAAGGUAAAAUAUUCUUAUAUUAUUAUAUUUUUGUACUUGAUUAUCCUCACUUCAUCCCAUGCCUUUUUUUUCCUUCCUUUAGACGAAAUAACAGCUUCUGUGUGGAUGUUUUAG